AUGGACUUGGCCGACUUUGAACCUUCAAUUUGGCCUAGUUUACUUGUGAUAAAGAACGAGCAUUCUCCGCCUCAGCACUGCUAUCUGCAAAUCAUACUUCUCGACAUUUCACAACCAUUACCAGAGGAGAUGCCAAUACCCCCAGGCUGGAACGUAGACUUGCACGGUCAAGUGUUCCUGAUGAACACAUGGCUUGAUUAUAUGUUCAUGUUUUGGUAUGGUGAGAAGUUAAUUAAGCAUGGUCCAUCAAAAAGCUUGAGUGAGAAGUUAGAUAUGGUUGUGGCAUUCUACUGUAGUACAUUGCAUCCAGAAUGUCAGGCUCUAAUGACCAGACCAAAACCAGGACAUUGGCCCAGACCUGAAAUACUUGCAAAAGCGAGUCAGUCUGGAACUUUCUUGGUUCCACAAGGGCAUGCUGAGAGCGAUCAAAAGGAACUAGAAUGGAGGUUUGCCACUCCAUUGAUAGAGCGGUUGCUCAUGUUUGAUCUCGGUAUCGUGCAAAUACAAGUUUAUAUAUUUUUGAAAAUCUUACGAAAGUCUUUCUUGAAACCACUUGUCGGUGAUAGACUGAGCACGUUUCACUUCAAAACCGCGUUGUUGUUUACGGUGGAGACCUAUCCCCCUGAAAUAUGGCAAGAACAAAACCUUCUGCAGUGUGUCAUAUACUGCCUGAAAACACUUCAGCGAUGGUUCGCGAUUCGGCAUUGUCCACACUACACGAUAUCGGGGGUUGAUUUGUUCGUUGGAAAAUUGAAAAAAUGGGAGUUUGCAUUGCUGUCCAAUGUUGUUUCUGAUAUGAUAUGCAACAUCAUGCCCUUUGUCGGUCAGAUAUCCAUGGACCAGAUAGGGGUGAGGAUGAUAUCAUUGACAGAAGAAAUUCAUGAACAUAUCAAUUCAAGACCAUACAGCAUGCUAUGUAUAAUCACGAGGUGUUUGAGACGUUAUUUGGCCGGAAUAUACAUGGCGUAUGAUUUUAUGGUGAACAUCGGGGACGCGUUACCAAUACAAAAAGUGUGUGCUCAAAUUGAAAAUUACAUUGCACUUGGUAACGAUGAAAUACGGCCAGAACUUUUGCAUUCAAGAUUGCUUUUGAAUCAGUUGACAGCCUCGAUGUGUGCCUCGUUGUGUUUAAAGAGAAACCAGCCCAUCCCAGCAGACAUUUACCGCCUGUAUGAGGAAUCGUUAGACUCAGACCUCACCUCGAGCAGACUGAAACUGGCUUCCAUGUUCUACUGCAAUGGUCAGUAUGAAAGCGCAGAAUUCGUGCUUAGCCACACCGAGGGUUUAUUGCAUCCAAGUACGCAUCAAUUGCAUCAGUACAGAUGCGAUGGUCGUUACCCUAACCCUGAUCCCUCAAAACAAUUUCAAGAAAAGAUUGCACAAAAUACAGAGAUAGAAAUAUUUAAAUCACACAUUGCAUUCAACGUUGUAUACUCUCGAUUAGAGGAAUGUUGUUUACCUGCAUUCCUGUGUUUUGAGAUGCACAGAACAAAGCGGCCUGAGGACCGGCAACGCAGAUGUAAAUUGCAAGAUAUAUGGAUGGAUCUGGCUAUCAUUGACUCCAUUCCCUUCCUUUACUACCUGCAAUAUCUGACGUACAGACAGUUGGGAGAAUAUGAGAGAACGCGAGAUUCGCUGGUCAAGUUACUGAAUUACUGCACUCCAUUUUUCUAUUAUGACGCGUACCUUACAUUCUUACAACAAGAAGAACACGGACAAAGAGUUUACCCUGAACAUGAAGUUCGCAACGAUCCCUUAUUUGAACGAAGAGGUGGAAACCAUAUCGAUACGGCUCUCCAUGUACUGGGCCAUUGUUUUGAACUGGAGAACCGUCAUGACAUGGCCUUGUUAUGCUACAGGAAAUCCUUGGAACUCAUUCCAUAUAACAACGCAGCCACGUGGCAUAUCGAAAGACUCGAGCAGGCAUGA